CUUUGUCCGUUUUCCGGUGAUCUCGUGAUCUCCUUACAGAUUCAUCGGACUUUAUUCGGAUUACCGAUUACAAUACAGACAUUACAGUACUACUACCGCUUUCGUUCUUCCAUUUCUGGCUCCAUCCAACCUUAGUUUUUCUGCAGCUUCCAGCCUGAAGUAUCACGAUCACAACUCUAUCCAUUUGUAUAUUGCUCUGUCAUCUUAACCGACUCUCCUCGGGGCAAUAACCAUUACGGGCGGUAUCGCUGAUUACUCUUGAAAGGAUCUAUUACAGUACUCUCUCACUCAAGUGUCGCUAUGGCCUCUACGUCGAACCCCGCCUCUGGCGCCGCCGACCCCUCAUCGCGGAAAACAUUCACCGUUGGAACGCGCAAGUCUAAGCUUGCCCUUUCGCAAACUGAUCUUGUAGUCUCGGCACUUAAAGAGGUUUACCCUGACUAUGAAUUCAAAAUUCAUUCGCAGGAAACUGCUGGCGAUUUGAACACAACCAUUGCUUUCCGAGAAUUUACGACGAAGAACUUAUGGACGGAGGAGUUAGAGGAACACUUAAUGGCCGGCAAUGUGGACUUCAUUGUUCACUCAUUGAAAGAUGUACCAACUACCCUACCCCCCGCGUGUACGCUGGGCCCUAUGAUGGCGCGUGAAGAUUCCAGGGAUGUACUGGUCAUCAAGAAAGGGCUACCGAACAUGUCCUUAUCCGAUAUGCCUGCAGGAUCCGUCGUUGGCACCUCUUCCAUCCGCCGUACUGCUCAAUUGGCCUUGAAAUACCCUCACCUAAAGGUUAUUGAUGUGCGUGGUAAUAUCGGUACACGACUCGCCAAACUAGACGCAGAAGAUUCACCUUAUACUUGCAUUAUCCUCGCAGCUGCCGGUUUACUGAGACUAGGUCUCGAUGAUCGCAUCUCGCAGUACCUGGACUCCAAAAACGGUGGGAUGCUUUAUGCAGUCGGCCAGGGUGCGUUGGGCAUUGAAAUCCGAAAGGAUGAUCAGGUGAUGCGUGAUAUGUUGAACAAUAUCGGUCAUAAGGAGACGACAUUUGCCAGCACCGCGGAGCGGAGCCUGCUACGAACCCUUGAAGGCGGCUGCAGUGCACCACUUGGAGUUGAAACCGAAUGGAUUAAAUCCUCCGAUGGUUCGAAGAAACUCCGAAUGAGAUCCAUUGUUGUCAGCGUGGAUGGUAAGGAAAGCGCUGAGGUCGAAGUCGAUGGAAGUGUCGACUCCGUUCAAGCUGCCGAAGAUUUUGGCGUGACUGUUGCCAAGGAAUUAGUAGCCAAGGGAGCAGGGAAGAUCCUCGAGGAUAUCCAGCGAAGUAAGCAGGCUGCUUAAAUCAUGAUAAUGUAUAGAUAGAUAUCCUGUGGCUUGGGGGGCUGGUCUUCUCCCGUGGUUCAGAAAUUGUAUCUAGACGGACAACUGUACAUAGCUGAAAAAAAUCUCAGACGUGCUUGGAAAGUAA